AUGAAUGCUGAAACUGAGAAAAUAUCGUCGUCUAGUAAACGAUUAAGAGUAUUGAUUUCCGAAGGAGAUUUAUUUUGCGUAAAUCGUUGUGGCUUUUAUGGUACGCCACAAUGGAAGGGCAGAUGUUCAAAAUGUUGGCGAGUUUAUCAAAUGGAAGAAAAGAAAAUACAGGAUUAUACCAAGAAUAGGGAACUUUUAAGUUUCGAAAAAUUCGAAGGUCGUCGCAGAUUAUCGACUGAAAGUCGGUCGUUAACGUUAAAAUCAAUUCUUCGAAAAUCGCCCUCGAUGUCGAUCAGCUCAAAUUCUUUUCAAGAAACAGUAUGUUCACCAGCAGUUGCAUCACAAUCAAUACUAUCAUCUCCUAUUACAUCGUCAAGACAACGUCAUGUGAGUGAAGAAAGUAUAUCUGCUAGUAAUCGUUUUCAUGAGUUUCUUCAAAGUAAUCUUUCUCAAGAAGCAGCUAAUGAAGUGCUCCAACAAACAUAUCAUGCAGUUGAUAAAAUUUUGGAACAGCAGAACGUCAACAUGGAUGAUCUUUCAGCUAUGGUGCAGCAUUUCUAUCAAGUAUUGGCAGAUAAAAUGCGUCAUAAUCCGUUUGUCAAUAAGGUCAGUGUCGCUGUAGAAGAAGUAAUGGCUGAAGUAGAACAGUAUGUGUGCGUGAGGGCUUACAGUACGCUGUUUUGUGCCAGAGCAGAUGAAGAAAGUGCAGAUUUAUCAUUGCAAGACAGAAUUCGGUCACUAAAUUGGGUUACUGCUGGUUUUUUGGAAACCACGUUGGAUUUCAGUCAAGAAAAGGUUCGCGACAAAUUGGAUGAGGCAAUUACCGAAAUUAUUGAUUUAAAUAGUCAUCGAGGAGCUGCAGAAAAAAUGCAGUGUCUAGUUCGUUGCUCAAAAAUGAUCUUUGAAGCUCUGAAAGAAAGUCGAUCCGGGGCUCCUGCUGGUGCUGAUGAAUAUCUGCCAGUACUUAUUUUCGUAAUUUUGAAAGGAAACCCUCCGCUUAUUUUAUCUAAUAUUAAAUUUGUUAGCCGUUUCGCUUUACCUACCAGAGUUAUGAGCGGGGAGUCAGGUUAUUAUUUUACGAAUGUAAGUUGUGCGCUGCAGUUCAUACAAAAUAUGAAUGCUGAUACUUUAAAAAUGCCUAAAGAAGAAUUUGAAGCAUAUACUUCUGGUAGUCAAGUGCCACCAUUGAAUACGAUGAAUAUGGGAUGUAACCAGUCAAUCAGAAUAAUGGAGAAUUCAUUGGCACAAGUGAAACAACUGCUCGAAAUGCAAGGUGGACUCAAGGAGCAAAUAAAAGCUCUUGAAUUGCGUGUGAAAAAGGAAACAGAUGACUUGUUAAGAGAAGUAGAAGAAAUUUUGAAUGCAUAUCCAACAAAAGAGCUGAAGCAUCUAAUCGAACAAAUCACGAUUGAGGAAGCAGAAUUAUGGGAAUUCUCGGUAUCAUCAACAGAUUUGCAGAUCGGUGCUUCACAUUCUUUUCAAGACAGUGAGUCUGGAAACGAUGAAAAUACAGACGAAAAAGAAGAGAGGAAGUUCGACGAUGUGUUCUUUUCUCUCGGUAUGGAUAGUGGAGGAGACUUUGUUGAUGGUGUAGUUAAUUGUAUAAAAGAUAAACUCCCUCUCGAUGAAUGA